ACAUUUCUCUCUGCAUGUCAGUGAAUGCAGCAUUUCUGCGUCACUUCCGAAAUCGCCGUUUCCUGUCGAAGAUGGCUGCGACCUUGUGUGUAAAAUUGCUACCGAAACAGGGAUGGCUUCCCCUGACUCAGAGUGUUCGUCACGGCUCCAAAGCUGUGACUCGACACAAGAGGCCGAUGCAUUUCAUCAAACAGAAGCUGAUGGCUGUGACAGAGUACAUCCCUCCUGCUCCAGCUGCUCCUCCAGGUGCCUAUCCGCGCGAGACCAAAAGCGUCCAGGAGGAGACUCCCUUGAUGUUGAUCUUGAAGAGGAAUUUGGAGAAGGUGUUCCAGGACUGUAAGAUGAUCGCCGUGGUCCAAGACAGCUCCAGCAGUGCUGAAGACAUGAUGAGUCUGAGGCACAGACUUCACAAACAUGACAUUAAGGUCAAAUUCUUCCCCAACGAGGUGAUGCGGUCGUUCCUGAAUAACAGCAUUUACUGCAACAUGGCUCCUCUGAUCUUCGGCCCGACGGUCCUGAUCGUCAGUAACGAGCCGAAGGUGAAGGAGAUGCUGAAAACUCUGAGAGGCAGUCCACAGAUGACGCUCCUGGGAGCGUGUAUAGAGAACUCGUUGCUGAGUGCUGAGGGGGUGCUGAGCUACUCCAAACUCCCGUCGGUGACAGUGGUGCAGGGCGAGCUGGUGAGCGGGCUGACGAUGAUGACAUCACGCACGGCCUCCCUGCUGCAGCGUCACCCGGCCCACCUCUCCGCCCUGCUGCAGCAGUACGUCAAACAGCAGGGCACAGACGCCACCGCAGAGGAGGCAACGUAGAGCUUCAGAGGAAGCCACUGAGACUGACUUUUGAUUCCAGCUGCUUUGGGAAUGACGAGAGUGGAUGCAAACCGCAGAAUUGAACCCAAAGUUUAACGAUGAGAAGAAUUCUGCAUAGAAAUACCCAACGCUGAAUCCUUUUGUUUGCAUCCAUCAACAGGAGUGUUGUUGCUCCUGUGAAUGAACUCUGCAGAAGUGUCAUCAUCUCCACAACAAUAUUUUUAUCUAAGGAUAAAGUCACAUAUAAAUAA